CAGAGGAGGGAGAGUGAGUACAUUGGUAGGAGAAUGUUGGACAUGGAGCUGCCAGGCAGGAGACAAAGAGGAAGGCCAAAGAGGAGGUAUAUGGAUGUAAUUAAUGAGGAUAUGAAGCUAGUGGGUGUAAGUGUUGGGGAUGCAGGAGAUAGGGGCAGGUGGAGAGAGAUGAUUCACCGUGGCGACCCCUGUAGGGUAAAGCCGAAGGAAGAAGUGUUUCUGUUCCCAGUGUUUCUAGCCUUGGGUAUUUUUUACGUUUAUGUUAUCCCUGCAUAUGGGUCUGUGUUUUAUCUAUGAAGACACGCCCCUUUCCCUAACAUUAUUGCACACACCAGCACAUCUGCCCUUUAUCCAUAACGACCAUGCUGUUCUGCCCCGAGCUGCUUUCAUAUACAGUUGUAUACAUGCCAGUGUGACAGCCUGAGCCUACACUCAGCACACUCAGGAGGCCAUGUGUUGUUCUGCACAGGAAACACCAGGAGGGUCUUCUACAUCAGUUGUCAAGGCAGGCCAUGUUCAUACCCCCUUUUCCAGGCUCUGCAGAGACCAAAUUUCUCUUGUUGCCUUCCUGACAGGUGCUGAGUCCGUGCACUGGUGACUCCAUCCCCGGGUGCUGGAACUCAUAUGGCAAAGGAUCAGCGAGUGCAGUGGACUUCACCUCUGAGGAGACGACCCACUGUCCUCUCUGGUUCCAGUUUGUCCAGAAUGCAGCAGAGUCUAAUAAAGUCGUUUAUUGUCACCUAACUAGUUUACACCAGAAUCCAGGCACUAUCUUCUCCAGUGUCUGCAAAAGAACACGACAGAUGUCUUUUAGGAAAGGAUUAAGCAAAUAAGGUCAGAUGUCUGGCAAAAGAUAUGUCACAGAAGAGAAAGAGCAAAGUCACUUUGACCAAGUUGUCUGAAGGACUAGGACACGUCUCGUUUGCUUCCCCCAAAUUUCAGUGAGUUUUACUGAGACACACCAGUGAUGAAACACCAUCUGUUAAUACUCCUGUUUUUCACAGGAAUAAUCCCUGUUGUCCAGGCUGUCUAUCGUAAGUUCUAUCUGAUCCUCCAGGGGAAGACUAGGAGUGAUGCUCUGGCUUACUGCAGAGCCACGUACUCUGACCUGGCUACCAUUGAAUACCAGUAUGAAGCAGUCCAACUUAAAAAUAUAGCACAGAAUCAAUCCUUAACUUCCAACGCUUGGAUCGGACUUUACAAUGAUGUCAACAGCUGGCGCUGGUCAAUGGGAAACGAGCCACUGGGAAGUUACAGAAAUUGGUGUUAUACUAAUCCUGACAACUACAACGCACAGGAAUAUUGUGCUGCAGUAGAUGUUCCCGGCUGGUUUGAUUCUUCUUGUGCAUCAAAUUUUCCCUUUAUUUGCUUUGAUGGGAACUUCACCGGCACCAGCAGUUAUAUUUAUAUCUCUACUACCAUGAUGUUUUCUGAAGCUCAGAGCUACUGUAGACAGCAUCACACAGACCUGGCCAGUGCAAGAAACACAAGUGAAAACUCAAUUAUAAUGGCAAUGAUCCAAAAUGCAACUUGGAUUGGUCUGUUCAGAGAUUCCUGGAAGUGGUCAGACCAGACACCUUUCACCGGUGUUACCUGGCUAGGUGGUGAACCUAAUAAUGCCGCAGGAAAUGAAAAUUGUGUUGCUGUUUUAAAUGGUCUGCCUAUGGAUAUGAUAUGUUCACCAUUAAAACCAUUCUUCUGUGAAGCAGUAAGCAAAGGAAGAAAACAAAUUGCAAGAGUGAAGGUCCAAUCCAAUCAGGAUGUGAAUGAUCCUGCAGUUAAGGCGGCCAUCUUGGAUAAGAUGAACCAGAUGUUCAGUGUUCAUGGGAACAUCACUGUGAAAUGGAGAGAGCAACCAAAUGGACAAGUGUUUAAUAAGAUUAAAGGAAAAACCCUCACAAAUAAUAUUUGUUAAAUUUUGUUUCUUUGGAUGCCGUUCAAUGCUGCGAGAUAUCACACAGCACAACACUAAGGUUAGAUGACAUAUUACUCCUAGACAUCAAUAUAUUGUGUACUGUGUAGUUGAAGAAUAGCAUGCUCUAUGAACACAGCACAUAGUUCACCAUUUGUAAUAGAAUGUGUGUAAUUUUAUCACUGAUACAAGAUUCAAGCAAUUCCAGUUACAGACAGACAGACAGACAGACAGACAGACAGACAGACAGACAGAUUUAUAGUUAAGGUACUUUAUUAAUACCAUAUGGGGAAAUUAGUUUGCAUGAGCAGACAAACAUUGCCAUUCAACAAAAAGGAUAAAAGAUAUAGAAAUUAAGUGGAUAAAGAAGUUACAAAUAGAUUUAAAAAAUUGUACACUGUAAAAAAAAGUUUAGGUGAGGUUUAGGUGUUGAGAUCCAUCCACCAAGAAUGUCUGCCAGAAAUUCAAGAUAUGUUACUAACCAGAUCCAUCAAAGUCCCAUAAGAUUGCUCCUGGUGAAUAAAGUCUAUGUUCUUUAUAUUAUUAUAGGUUUUAUCUUGUAUCUGAUCUUAACUCCAUAUCUUAUUAGACCCGGUGUAGAGCGUGAAGGAGCAGGUCACUGUGCUCCACCCUGGGACACAGGAGUUCUUUCAGCCAAACCAUUAUUUAUCUCCAAUCAUUCUGUACUUACUUUAUUUAUGGCAUUUAUUGAUACACUCUUUAAGUGUGAACUUUCUUUCUACAAGUUUCUGUUGUUUUUUUGCCUGCUGUGACAUUUUAUGUUUUAAAUCUAAUAAACAUCUCUGGUUGCACCUUG